UGCCUCAUCUGACCUAUAAGUAUUACAUUGCAUCUGUUUCCAUGCCAGAAGCAAACCUUCAUCCCAUUCUCAGAAGAUAGUAAAUUGUUCCAACUUUCAUUCCCAACUCCGCUCAAAGAAAACAGCCAUGGAGAUUAGCACUUCCAAUCAUCAAAACCUCCAUUUUGUUCUGCUCCCAUGGUUAGCCCCAGGCCACAUGAUCCCCAUGAUCGACAUCGCCCGCUUGCUCGCCGAGCACGGCGUCACCGUCACCGUCCUCACAACUCCAGCCAAUGCCUCCCGUAUCCAACCAACCAUCGACCGCAUCUCCCAUUCCACCCAUCCAAUCCAAUUCAUCCCCCUCCACUUCCCCACCACGGAGGUGGGCUUACCUGAGGGCUGCGAGAACAUGGACAGCAUCACUUCCACAGCCAUGAUCACCACCUUCUACAAUGCAUCCAAGCUCCUGAGGGAACAGAUCGUGCACCAUCUCCACAAGCUGAAACCUGCCCCGAGCUGCAUCAUAGCCGGCAUGUGCUUCGCAUGGACGUACGUGAUUGCUCGGGAGUUCGGGGUUCCUUGGUUUCUCUUUCAUGGCUUCAGCUGCUUCUCUCUAUUUUGUUUACACAACCUCCAUCUUUACAAGUCUCAUGAGACCGUGUCCUCCCCUACCGAGCCCUUCGUGCUGCCCGGCUUGCCUCAUCGGUUCGAGAUCACAAGAGAGCAACUGCCGAUGCAUUUCCAUUUAUUACCCCAGUAUCAGGAGAUGUGCGAUGAGGUGAGGGAAGGGGAACUGGCCAUGGAUGGAGAGAUUGUUAAUAGUUUUGAUGAGUUGGAGCUCGGAUACUCUGAACGGCUAGAGGCUGCCACUAUGAAGAAGGUUUGGACCGUCGGGCCGGUGUCGUUGUAUAACAAGGGGAGGUCGGAUAUGGUGGAGAGAGGUAACCAGUCCAUGUUCGACGAAAUGCGGUGCUUGAAUUGGCUUGAUUCAAAGAAGCCAGAGUCUGUAGUUUAUGUUAGUUUUGGUAGCAUGGGUAGAUUUACACCAGCGCAGAUGAUGGAGCUGGGCUCGGGUCUGCUUGCGUCGAACCGGCCUUUCAUUUGGGUGGUCAGGGAAGGAGAGAGGUCUUCGGAGGAGGUGGAGGAUUGGCUCUUGGAAAAGUUUGAGAAGAAUGGUGAGUCUAGGUGUCUUCUGAUCCGAGGGUGGGCGCCGCAGGUGAUGAUUAUGGCGCACCCGGCGGUCGGAGGUUUUGUGACGCACUGCGGUUGGAACUCGACUCUGGAGGCCGUUAGUUCGGGGUUGCCGAUGGUUACUUGGCCUCUCUUUUCGGAGCAAUUCCUGAAUGAGAACUUGGUUGUGGACGUGCUGGGGAUUGGGGUGGCGGUUGGGGUGAGGACUGCCACGAAGUGGGGACGAGGGGGAGAGGAUGGGGUGUUGGUGGGAAGGGAGGAGGUUGCCAAGGCUGUGGAGAGGUUGAUGGAUGGAGGGGAGGAGGGGGAGGAGAGGAAGAGGAGGGCUAAGGAGUUGGGAGAGAAAGCAAAGAAGGCUUUGGAGAAGGGUGGCUCUUCUUACUCGAACAUGACAAACUUAAUUCCAUAUGUAGCAGAAUAUGCUGCAAAGAGUACUGUUGAGCAUAUGGCUUCUUAGAAUUUUUUUCCUUUUUUUAAAGAUAUGGGGUGCUUCGUUGCUGUAAGGAAGGCCUCAGGGGUAGUUUCAUUGUCGCUUUAUUUAUUCACUCUGAUGAAAGAUUUGAUGUGUUGAUUUUUUUAAUAAAUAAACUUGUAUUGAGAAGUUAUUAAGAUCAUAUUUGACAA